GUUCGUAAUUCAUCAGUCGUCAAUCGUGAUCUCCGUCUUAAAUGCAGGUCGAAUCAAGCUGGAUUCUGUUUUGCGUCGUGUAAAAUUCAACGAUCAAUGGCUCGGCCGAAGGAGCGAGAUUAACGUGUCAUCAGGCCAAAGACGAUGAACGGACGCUUAACGUGCGCAUUAACGAGGCAGUAAACGACUCGUUUCACUCGUUUGUGGUAGACUCGAAGUCUUAACCUGGAUGGCGAUGUAAAAUAUAAAAUCCUUCGUGAUCUAAGACAUUUAUGCCGUUCACGCUACUAGUUUGUACGGUGGGCACGAGCUCGACAGAACGGUAUGUCUCUACGAUUGUCGCGUGAGAAGGAGACGCUUGCUCAACGCAGGAGGAGGUAGAGCUUGGAUGGAACGCGAAUGCGGGCACGUCCGUUCGAGAUAGCUGAAAAUGUUUCGCAGUCGGAGCUGGUUCGGCGGCGGGCUUUGGAAGCCCAAGAACCCGCAUUCCCCGGAGCACCUUAAGUACCUGUACAAUGUCUUGUCGAAGAAUCAGACCGUGUCUGAGAACAACAGAGGUUUGCUGGUCGAAACUCUACGUUCGAUAGCUGAGAUUCUCAUAUGGGGCGAUCAAAAUGAUAGUAGUGUAUUCGACUUUUUUCUGGAGAAAAACAUGCUUUCGUUUUUCCUGCGUAUUAUGAAGCAGAAAUGUGGGAGCUACGUGUGCGUUCAGUUGCUUCAAACGUUAAAUAUUUUGUUCGAGAACAUACGCAAUGAAACAUCCUUAUAUUAUCUACUGAGUAACAAUCAUGUGAACAGUAUAAUAGUGCACAAAUUUGACUUUAGCGAUGAAGAAGUAAUGGCGUAUUACAUCAGUUUCCUGAAGACGUUGAGUCUGAAAUUAAACGCACAUACUAUUCAUUUCUUCUAUAAUGAGGUAAACGAGCAUACCAAUGAUUUUCCACUGUACACAGAAGCAAUCAAAUUUUUCAAUCAUUCGGAAGGUAUGGUGCGCAUAGCCGUGAGAACUCUGACGCUAAAUGUGUAUCGCGUCGAAGAUGCAUCUAUGCUAGCCUUCAUAAGAGAUCGCACAGCCGCGCCAUAUUUCAGUAAUCUCGUGUGGUUUAUCGGGGAUCACAUUAUAGAAUUAGACACUUGUGUCCGGAACGAUGCCGAUCACCAGAGUCAAAAUAGAUUGUCGGAUUUGGUUGCGGAACAUUUGGAUCAUCUGCAUUAUCUAAACGACAUAUUAUGUUUAAACAUACCGGACUUGAACAAAGUUCUAUCGGAACAUUUAUUAAAUAAACUGUUAGUCCCGUUGUAUGUCUAUUCUCUGAUGAAAUACAAAAACGCUUUGUGCCAAACUCAGGAUGAGAGAAAACACGUCAGUGUUGUGGUAGCGCUUUUUCUACUUUCUCAAGUCUUUUUGAUAAUAUCGCACGGACCUCUUGUACAUACGUUAGCAGCCGUGAUGCUCAUGUCCGAUUUAGAGACGAUUCAAAUUGGAACGAAUGAGGUUCUGGAAAAAUUUGGGGAUAUAGCCUCGAAUAGGUCUAUUAUUCUUUCACCGCCGAAAGAAACGUUGAAAAAAUCUUUGGAGACUUUAAAUGAAAUGCGCUCAACACCCGAAGAAUCUUACGAUCAAGAAAACAGUACAAGAAAUAUAAAAGAAGAUAAAAGUACAAUUAACGAUACGCAAGAUAUCAAUCACCCAAGCACAUCGUUUGACGAUGCUUCAACUUCUGUAAAUACUCCCGUUCUUAUGAGUACACCACCAAAUACAAGUAUUCCGAGCGAAGAGGACUUAGAGGAAAUUAAGCACUUGAAUGUGACGGAUGAGGAGAAAGAGCAACGCUUGGCGUUGGAGAGCCCUUUGAUGCCUCAUCAAAGUCAAAAUGACUUAUUCGAAUCCUUGACAAAAAAACCAUUUCUAGAAACAAUAACCAAUUCUUUAUUAUGCACAGAAAAUGAUUAUGCUGCAUUAUUCGCGCUUUGCCUAUUAUAUGCAUUAGCCAAUAAUCAGGGUAUAAGUCGUAAAAUUCUGAAUAUAAUCCUGUCUCCAUUCCAUAAUGACAUGUCGACGAAAAAUUCUUAUAAUGAAUUACUCAUGGAGAGGUUGAUUCAUAUUAUAACUUUGAGUUGUCAAACAAAUUCCAAAGUGAGGCUCAUUACAUUGGAGUUAACUAUCAAGCUAUUAACACAACUGACGGUAUCCGAAGGACAAUGCCUAUUACGAGAAUCGCAUCUAGCAGUUAUUGAAGCAGCGAAAGAACAAAGCACGUCUCUGCUAAAAAACUUUUACAAGAGUGAAGAUAUUUUUUUGGACAUGUUUGAGGACGAAUAUAGCGAAAUUCAAAAACGACCAUUAAAUGUCGAAUGGUUAAUGAUGGAUAGCAAUAUUUUGUUGCCUCCUACAGGCACACCUAUGACUGGAAUUGAAUUUAGCAAAAGGCUGCCGUGUGGUGAGGUGGAAAGGGCACGUCGUGCAAUAAGAGUUUUCUUCUUGAUAAGAGAACUAUCUCUGACACUCAAUAUGGAAGCGGAAACUCAAUUACCACUGACUAAUCCGGCUAAUUGCGUACAAGUCAACAACGUUCUUGAUCUAAAUAACAGUGAUUUGAUUGCAUGCACUGUCGUGUGGAAAGACGGCCAGAAAAUUCGCCGUUUCUUAGUCAUUGACGUUGUGCAAUUGAUUCUCGUGGAACCUGAUAUCAGUAAACUUGGAUGGGGUGUUGCAAAGUUAGUUGGUUUUUUACAAGACAUUGAUGUUACCGGAGACAAGGAUGAUUCAAGAUGUUUAUAUCUGACAAUUUACAAGCCGUUAAGCAGCAGUACGGGCAAUCGUAUACCGUUACUAUCGGCUAAAUUUAUUUUCGAUGAUCAUAUUCGAUGUAUGGCCGCCAAACAAAGGUUGACAAAGGGACGAAUAAAAGCAAGACAAAAGAAGAUGAACCAGAUUGCAAGAUUGUUGGAUAUUCCGACAAGUAUGCCUCAUUGUUCAACACCACCGAAUUAUGCCUUGCGUAGUUUACGACAUGAACGUAUAGUCGGACGUGGUCAGAGACCAAGGGAUCAAGCGAGGCCGAUGUUCACGGUAAACAAAGUUCCUGGGUUCGCGGCACAAAUGCGUAGGGAGAAUGUUAGGCCGGUGGCAUCGUCGAGUUCCAAACGCGAUGAUGCCAGUUCGAACGAGAGGAUUCAUGAAAACGGUUUACGAUCUAGAGACGGUUCACCCAAGAUGCCAAGGCCGCGGAGCGAGGAGAUCCCCCUAGAGGACAUGCGUAUUCGGAAAGCUUCUCUCACGUCCAAUGGACUGAACGUGGUACACGUGUGUCCAGAAAGGAGGGACAGCCAAGGUGCUUGUUCGAAUAGCAGCGAGUCUUCGUCUGUGAUUAGUAGGAAACACUCUGAAGAAACAUCGUUCACGUCUCCGCAGGGACAAGAAUCAAAGCCACGUAGAAAGGGUCAAGUGGAAACUGUGUGAUUAAAACAGUACAGUUACAGUUAACUCGGCGGACUAGCAAUUCAAACUAAGCGUAUCUUUUAAAAAUUUUAAAGAACGGAUGAGAAUGUAUGUACAUGCCAUACUUUUGAGUUAGCAAAAAGAGUCUGCUUGACUAAUUUAAAAAAAUUUUAGUGGGAACGUUUUAUCUUAUAACUAGUAGAAAUAAUUUUCAUGAUAUUUUUAUCCAAUAUGUGUUGGUAAUAGCAAUUAAUUUUUUCAAUGAAGGAUCUUAUCUAUGACUAACGCAGGAAAAAAUGAGGAGGUGGAAGUUAUUAAAUAAUAUUGUUAAAUCAUUGUUACACUUUUCUUUGUGUUAAAAAUUAUUGGGGCUGUCGUUAUCUAUACAGGCACCUCAUGUUUUAAUUUUAAAUAAAGUUUAUUCGCGCUACUUGAUAUAAAUAUCUCUUUAACGGUAAAGAAUCGCGCAAAAAUUCUCGUAAUUAUUUCACGUGUAUAUAUUCCUGUUUUAAGGAGGUUAUAGUUUUUCUAUAAUUUAAAAAAUAAAGGACAUAAACAACUUCA